AUGCAGAAUGCAAAUCAAGCCACAUCGUUUAUUAUUCAUUCAGUACCUCUCACAUAUUUCUUUUGCUGGGAUUAUGAGUAA